AGUUUCUUCUGGUACUUCAAGGGCCCUUGUUGAGAACCCAGCUGGAUUCCUGGCAUUCUCCAGGGGAGCAGACAGAGGAGAUUGGGGAGGAAAGGGGGAGGAGAAUCACAGGGUGCUGGCUUUAUGUGGGACAGUAGCAAGACACUGAAGAGUCAAACAACCAGGAGGCUGGGGAGAAGACAGGAUGGCAUUUCAGACAAACACAGGAGCUUGGGUGCUGAUCCUUAGCCUAGGGGUGGUUGGCAGUCAGAACAUCUCAGCCAGGAUUGGGGAGCCCUUGGUGCUGACCUGUAAGGGGGCUCCUAGGAAACCACCCCAGCAACUUGAAUGGAAACUGAACACAGGCCGGACUGAAGCCUGGAAAAUCCUCUCUCCUGGAGAGAACCCUUGGGAGAGUGUGGCUCGAGUCCUCCCCAAUGGCUCCCUCCUCCUGCCAGCUGUUGGAAUUCAGGAUGAAGGAACAUUCAGGUGCAAGGCAACCAAUCGCCAUGGGAAGGAGUUCAAGUCCAACUACCGACUCCGUGUCUACCAGAUUCCAAGCAAGCCAAAAAUAGUGAACUCUGCCUCUGAACUCAUUGCUGGGAUCCCCAACAAGGUAGAAUUGAAAAGAAAAAAAGGUGGGGGGGAAUGGUGUAUGAUGGGUGGAAAGGGCAUUCCAAAGGCAAAAGUGGAGGGUGAUGAGGUUUUUCUGGUAUAUCAGGUAGGAACAUGCCUAUCUGAAGGGGGAUACCCAGCAGGGACUCUUAGCUGGCAUCUAGAUGGGAAAGCCUUGGUGCCUGAUGGGAAAGGAGUAUCUGUGAGGGAGGAGACCAGAAGACACCCUGACACAGGACUUUUCACAAUACAAUCAGAGCUGACAAUGACCCCAGUCCCAGGAGGCCCUCUGAACCCCACCUUCUCUUGCAGUCUUAGCUUCAGCCCCAGUUCCCCUGGACAACAGGCCCUCCACGCACCUCCUAUUCAACUCAGUGUCUGGGAGCCAGAGUCUUUGGAGGAAGUUCGACUAGUAGUAGAUCCAGAGGGUGGAGUAGUGGCCCCUGGAGGGGCAGUAACCCUGACCUGUGAGGUCCCUGCUCAGCACUCACCACAAAUUCAUUGGCUUAAAGAUGGUUCUCCUCUGGCCAUUGCUCCAAGCUCUGUGCUGUUGCUUCCUGAGAUCACAGUCCAAGACCAAGGAAUAUACAGUUGUGUUGCCACUGACCAAAGUCAUAGGUCAAGAGAAAGUCCUGGUGUUAGCAUCAGCAUCAUUGAUUCUAGAGAAAUUGACCAAGUAGAAGGCUCUGAGGGAGGCCCAGGACUAGGCUUACUGGCCCUCAUUCUAAUAGUUUUGGGUGGCCUGGUCACAGCUGCCCUGCUGGGGGGAUUCCUUUUGUGGAAAAGACAGCGGCUGCUCCACAAAGAAGAGAGGAAGGUUCCUGAGUGCCCAGAGGAAGAGGAAGAACGGGCAGAACUAAAUCAACCUGAAAAAGAAGAAACAGCUGAGAACAAUGAAGGGGAACCCUGAGCUACCCUUGGCUACCCAUCUAAUUCCAUCCAUCUUUUUCCCACUCUCCUGUCCUAAUGCUAUUUCUCCUGGCCCCCAGUAUCCCUUCCCCAUUUUCACUACUUCUCUUGAAAAGUCAGUCUUACAUCAGCUGAGAGCUGAACCUGUUCCCUGCUUGUGCAUACUCAUCCAAACAAUGAUUAUUAAAUAUCUGAUAAUCCUA